AUGCGUAAAGCCUUAACUGCGAUAAAUUAUUUCUUCGUCCGUCAAAUCCGUCAAAUUAUUUCUUCACAUACAAAAGUACCGAACCGGAAAAGAAGCUUCGGAGAUCGGUGCUUAUUGAUGGCCAAACAACAACGAACUCGUCUCUACAUCCUCCGACGAUGCGUCUGCAUGCUCCUCUGUUGGCACGACCACUCUAUUCACGAUUAG